CAGGGCGACAGGUGCGCGUAGCCAGGAGACACGGCUAGAUUGGUAGUAGUAGAGCGAGAAGCAGAGAGAGAGAGAGAGAGAUGUGUUUGUGUGGCUACAUCAUCUCCCCAAGGGCACAGGCACAGGCACAGCAGCCGCUUGCCUGCCUGCAGGCUGCUGCAGGCUGCUGCCGCGCAGCAGUGCCGCUGCCGAUGCGUCAAAAUUAGCAGCAGGGGAGUGUGCACAGUUCACGGUCUGCUCUCUUUCUCUCUCUUCCCCUAUUACGAGUCCCAGCAGCUAGAACAACACAAACCCUCUCCUGUAGCUAGAUGUGUGGUAGUAAGCUCUCGCUGUUAACCUCGGCAAAGAACCUACUGGAAGUCGGAAGGGAAAAAGCAAAGUAGGAGUAGCUAGCUAGUAUAGCAAACAAGCUCCCCCGUGUGCCGACGAGCCGCCGACUAGGUCAGCCGCCAUGGACUUCGACGAGCACGAUGACGGCGACGAGGAGAUGACGCCGAUGCCCGUGAGCUCGAGCUACGAUGCGCCGAUGCAGCCGGGGCUGGGACUGGGCGGAGGAGGCGGCGAGACCCCGAAGCACGGGGAUUCUGCUGGAGCCGGGAGCUUCAGGACGCCGCCAGCAGGCGGCUUCGGGGGAGGAGGCGCAGGCGCAGGCGCAGGCGCAGGCGGUGGCGGGGCCACCAGGUACCGGGAGUGCCUCAAGAACCACGCGGUCGGCAUCGGCGGGCACGCGGUGGACGGCUGCGGCGAAUUCAUGGCCGCUGGCGAGGAGGGCUCCAUCGACGCGCUGCGCUGCGCGGCCUGCGGCUGCCACCGCAACUUCCACCGCAAGGAGUCCGACAACUCGCCAGCGGGAGGCGGGGGCGUCGCGCCGCCCGAUCCCGCCGCCGCCCUGUCCCCGGCCGCCAUCACAGCCUACGGCGCCGCCGUGGCGGCGCACCACCACCAGUUCUCCCCCUACUACCGCACCCCUGCCGGGUACUUCCUGCACCAGCAGCUGGCGGCCGCCGCCGGGCACAUGCAGCGCCCGCUCGCGCUGCCGUCCACCUCCCACUCGCUGGGGCGCGAAGAGGGCGACGACGUGUCCGGGCUGAUCGGCCCCAUGGUGGUGGCGCCCAUGAUGGGCAUGUCGCUGGGCCCGGGCGGCGGCCCGUCGGGGGGCUCGUCCGGCGGCUCGGGGUCCGGCAAGAAGCGGUUCCGCACCAAGUUCACGCAGGAGCAGAAGGACCGGAUGCUGGCGUUCGCGGAGCGGCUGGGGUGGCGCAUCCAGAAGCACGACGAGGCCGCCGUGCAGCAGUUCUGCGAGGAGGUCUGCGUCAAGCGCCACGUGCUCAAGGUGUGGAUGCACAACAACAAGCACACCCUCGGCAAGAAGCCAUGACCGACCGCCGGCCAUUCGCUUCGCGCCGGCGCCUGCACUGUGUGCUAGCUAGGUACACCACCACUGAUCGCAUUGCAUCAUGGAUCUCCUCCUCUCUUUCUCAGCACCGUAUUGCUUGCUAGCCUUUUUUUUUUGGGGGUACUCCUCUCCUUGCCUUCCUUUUUUUAGAGUUUUAGCUAGAAAUGUAAGCUAGCUACUUAGGUCAGUAGCGAGCAGCAGUUCUUGGAUUUUAGCUACGAUGGAGAAGACGGCCGUUGUUCUCUUGUCAUCUUCAUUAUUUUAUUGUACUUCUUUGGCUGUGUGUGUGUGUGUUUCGUAGAUGAGACGAUCAUGACGUUGGUGUUGGGAAGGAGGAGGGCAGGGCAUGGCCAUUUGCCGA